CCCUCUCUUCUCUCCUUCUGGAGAAGCAAACCCUCGCGCCGCCGCCGCUCUCUCCCACCCGCCGCCGCCGCCGCCAUGGACGCCGGCGAGACCUCCACCUCGGACUCGCUGGUACUUGCCACGGGCGCCGCGCAGGGACCAAAGAGGAAGCCGCCCCCGAAGCGCUUCGUCCACACGCCCAUCCCGCCCUCCAUCCUCUCCGACCCAACCCUCGCCGCUGCCGCCACCGGCCUCCUCCCGGCGGCGUACAACUUCGAGCUCCCCAAGACGGCGCACCGCAUCCGCUCCUCCGGCGCCCGCCGCACCGCGCUGCAGCUUCCGGAGGGUUUGCUCCUCUUCUCCCUCCCGCUUUCCCACCUCCUCGCGCCCUUCCUCGAGCCGGACCCCUCCAACGACGUCCUCAUCCUCGCCGAUCCCACCUACGGCGCGUGCUGCCUCGCCGACCGCCCCGCCAAGGCGCUCGCCGCCGACGUGCUCGUCCACUACGGCCAUUCCUGCCUCGUCCCCGUCACCUCCUCCCUCCUCCCCGUGCUCUACGUCUUCGUCGAGAUCCGUGUCGACGCCCAACGCCUCGCCGACGCUGUCCGCGCCGCCUUCCCGGACCCCGCCGAUGCGCCCCGCCUCGCCAUCGCCGGCACCGUGCAGUUCAUUUCGGCAGUUCACGCAGCGCGUGAGAUCCUCAGUCACGAUGGUUACCAGGGCAUCGUCGUGCCACAGGCAAAGCCGCUGUCCGCCGGCGAGGUUCUUGGGUGCACAGCACCUGCCCUGAAAAGGUCCGAGGGGGUCGGAGCGGUGGUGUUCGUCGCAGACGGGAGAUUCCACCUCGAGGCAUUCAUGAUUGCCAAUCCCGGGGUCAAGGCCUACCGCUUUGAUCCAUUCCUGGGUGUGCUUGUGCUGGAGGAGUAUGACCAUGUCGGGAUGAAGCAAGCGAGGAAGGAGGCGGUGCUGGCAGCAAGGAAGGCCAAGAGUUGGGGAGUUAUACUAGGCACCCUUGGGCGGCAGGGAAGCGUAAAAGUUCUCGACAGGGUGGUGGAGCAUUUGGAGGAGAAAGGGCUGGAACACACAGUAGUGCUCAUGUCGGAGCUGUCCCCGGCAAGGAUGGAGCUGUUUGGGGAUUCGGUGGAUGCGUGGGUGCAGAUUGCAUGCCCACGUUUGUCGAUUGACUGGGGUGAAGGAUUCAAGAAGCCAAUGCUGACGACAUUCGAGUUUGAUGUUGCACUGGGCUAUGUUCCUGGAUGGUGGGAGAAGGGGAGUAGGGAAUGUGGCAGUGGAGAUGCCACCGGUUGUUGUUCAGGAUCAGGAACUUCCACAGAUUGUGGUUGCAGCAAUGGUGGUUGUGCUGACAAGGACUUUGGGGGGGAGUACCCAAUGGAUUACUACUCUCAGGAUGGAGGUGAUUGGAACAGCUGCUACAUGAAGAAGAAGCCCUCUACUGGAGAGAGAAAGCUGCGAGUUCGGAUUGGCAGCAAAGUUCAAGUUGAGGAUAAGCAACAAAGCUAAUAUCGUUGAAACGAGAUAUCAAGAGCAGCUUCAUGUUUCUUCAGAAGUUUUGACACCAGAGUUGAAUAGUAUUUUUGAUCUUAGCACUGCCGUUACGAGUGCUGUGAUAUCUGUAUCUGUACACAGAUGUAAACUACUCGAUCCUGCGCCACACUGUAAUGCUGUGAUGUUGUCUUCCCAUAAAGGUGAAAUGAUUCUAAGUUUAUGGAGCACAAUUUUGCAUUCUC